CGGCACGUGACGUAGGGUAAGUUCCUGCUGUGGCUUGAGGGAAACAGAUCGACAUUGAGCCACGGGAGAAUCGCACUUUGCGGCCUGUGGAAGCCCCCUCCCUGAGCAAUGGCCUCACCAGUCUCAGUCUACAACUCCAACGCCUUGGACACACACAUCUCCAGUACCUCCAGAGAGUCUCUAAAGAUGGAGUUGUUAGCUGACGUAUCUUUGCUGCCAGGGGAGGAGAGAAUUAUAGAUAAAGACAUCAUCUACAUCUGUCCAUACAGUGGAGCUGUGAAAGGCAAAGUGUUGAUCACCAACUACAGACUCUACUUUAAGAGCUCAGAUGCUGAUGUGGCGCUGGCGCUGGACGUUCCUUUGGGUGCCAUCAGUCGGGUGGAGAAGAUGGGUGGGGCAUCAAGCAGAGGAGAAAACUCUUAUGGCCUGGAUAUCACCUGCAAGGACAUGAGGAACUUGAGGUUUGCCUUGAAGCAGGAAGGUCACAGCAGAAGAGAUAUCUUCGAGCUCCUCUUCAAAUAUGCCUUCCCUCUCUCACAUAGUCUGCCACUGUUUGCAUAUGUGACUCAGGAGAAGUACGGCGAGAACGGCUGGGACAUCUACAAACCCGUAGAGGAGUUCAGACGGCAGGGCUUACCUAAUAGCAAGUGGCGUAUAACGUUCAUCAAUAAGAAUUAUGAUCUGUGUGACACCUACCCCACUGUGUUGACUGUACCCUUUAAAAGUAAAGAGGAGGACCUCAGAAGAGUGGCUGCCUUCAGGUCAAGAGGACGCAUACCGGUUUUGUCAUGGAUCCACAGAGAGAACCAGGCGGUGAUCGUCCGCUGCAGUCAGCCUCUGGUUGGUAUGUCUGGUAAAAGAAACAAGGAUGACGAGCGCUACCUGGAUCUUAUCAGGGAGGCAAAUGACACUGCCAAGCUCACCAUCUACGAUGCUCGGCCUAGCGUCAAUGCUGUGGCCAACAAGGCCACAGGAGGAGGCUAUGAGGGUGACGAGUACCAAAACGCAGAGCUCAUCUUCCUGGACAUUCAGAAUAUCCACGUCAUGAGAGAAUCCCUAAAGAAACUCAAGGACAUCGUCUACCCAAAUGUGGAGGAAUCUCAUUGGCUGUCCAGUCUAGAGUCGACACACUGGCUAGAACAUAUUAAGCUGGUGUUGUCAGGAGCCAUCCAAGUAGCAGACAAGGUUUCCAGUGGGAACUCAGUGGUGGUUCACUGCAGUGACGGCUGGGACCGGACUGCCCAGCUCACCUCUUUGGCCAUGCUGAUGCUGGACAGUCACUACCGCACUCUCAGAGGCUUCCAGGUGCUGAUUGAGAAGGAAUGGAUCAGCUUUGGGCACAAGUUUGCCUCGAGGAUAGGUCAUGGUGAUAAGAACCAUGCAGAUCAGGACAGAUCACCCAUCUUUGUUCAGUUCAUCGACUGUGUAUGGCAGAUGACUAAACAGUUUCCUACAGCCUUUGAGUUUAACGAGCGCCUCCUGCUGACAAUCCUGGAUCACCUCUACAGCUGUUGUUUUGGGACUUUCCUCUACAACUGUGAGAGUGCACGAGACCAGCAUGAGGUGCGGACGAAGACGGUGUCUCUGUGGUCUCUGGUCAACAGUAAGAUGGAAAUGUAUUUAAACCCUUUCUACACCCCGGAGUCCGGAAGGGUCCUUUACCCCGUUGCCAGCAUGCGCCACCUAGAGCUGUGGGUAACAUACUACAUCCGCUGGAACCCACGCAUACGACAACAGCAGCAGAGUCCAGUGGAGCAGCGCUACAAGGAGCUGUUGGCCCUCAGAGACGAGUACUUGAAGAAGCUGGAGGAGCUGCAGCUGUCUGAUUCCUCCCCUUCCUCCCGUCUGGCUAACAUCCCCACCCCCAACACCUCCUCCUCCACCUCCUCCACACCACCACAGCAAUACACACAGCUACACACUCCCCUCUGAGGGCUGCUUACAUACGCACACACAUACACAAACACAGAUAAACUUGUUGACUUGCACUUAUGUCCUCUUCACUCUGAUUUCUGUCAGUCUCUCACACACGCAGGGAAUUAAUUAGUAUUGUGCAGUCCUAACUGUUGAUAACAGAGAAUGCUAAUAAGAUUUAGAUUUGAUGGGUAAUUCUAACACCAUAGUGGUGAUGAUGGUGAUUUAUGCAAUAUGUCACAGUACAGCCUUGUCAGACUUUUCUACACACACACUCAUCAUACAGGGAAGCCUUAAAGACAUUCAGUGGCUUUCAGUCCAAGGGCUUGAGCACACAGGACACACAGCGGAUGUGCAGAGGCAUUCACACAGGCAGCAAAACUCAGCCAUGUUAUGUGUUUUCUCUGAACGUCAUACUCUGAUUUGACAGAAACACACCAGGAAAUCUGUUUGUGGUUUUUUCUAAUCGCCAUAGAACCACAUACAUCUGCUAUAGGUAGAUCCUGUUACUCCCACUCUUUUUGCUAAGCGAGGCUAACCAUGUCGUUGACCUAUCACAUCAAACUGAUGUUGAUAUUCUCAUCCAUCUAGUUGAGUGUUAAAGUUCAUUUUUAACCAUGGAAAGAAAUUUUAACUCAGGGUCUCAGCUUUCAAAUGAAGUUAACGGGUAAGUUUGGUAUUUUUAAACCUGGACCCUAUUUUCCCAUGUUUUUGUGUCUAAGUGAUUAAUUGGAAGAGCAAUUUUUGGAAUUGGUCAAGACAGGCUGCAAUAUAACCAUUCAGGGCAUGGUUGCACUGUCAAUUUACAUCCACUAAAAGUGUUUGUUUUGCCACUGACAGGCUCAGAUUAUUAUUCCGUGUGUCUGACAACAUUAUGGAAAGGAUCCCUACAGAGAUAGACCUUUUGUUAAAGAGUAAGAUCCCUUUUUGUGAAACUUGAAACAGCCCUGAAAUCACUGUUGUCAAAGUCACCAGACUCCAUUUAAACAAAAAGUAAUUUUAUCACCGUAAAAUACACUCCAUUCAAAGUUGACAGAAACAAAAUAAAACUCAAAAAACCUAUCUUAGUUCCUUUUGUCACUGUUACAACAAUCACCAGCUCUGGUUUGGUUGAAAUAAAUCCUUAAAAAAUAUGCUGGCUCAAUACACACUAAAAUUACUGUUAAUUUAAAUGGAGUCUGGUGAGUUUGGCGAUUGCGAUUUUCGGGGUCGUUCUGGUUAAACAAAGUGACCAUUACUCUUUAACAAAAAGGUUUAUCUCUGUAGGAAUCCGUUCCAUAAAUUGUCAGACACAAUAAUAAUCUGAGCCUGACAGUUGCAAAAACAAGCGCUUGUAGUGGAUGCAAAUUGACAGUUUGGGCGAUGGCGAUUUCUGGGCUGUUUCUGCUUAAACAAAAAGGAUCUCUCUGUCUAAAAAAAGGUCUACCUCUGUAGGAAUUCUUUCCAUAAAUUGACAGACAGUGGCAAAAACAAGCACUUUCACAGGAUGAAACGGUGCACACAUGCAUCAAGUGGUUACAUUGUUGCCUGUUUCCCUGCUGCCUGGCUGCAGCACCUUCACGCAAUAUUGGACAUCACUCGGACACAAAAACAUGGGAAAAUAGGAUCCAGGUUGAAAAAUAUCAAACUUAUCCUUCAUGCAAACUCCACUCACUGAUGAAAGACCCUGUGAUGCUGUUAUUAUUUUGCCAAGCAGCAACAAACAUGUUUAUGUGUUAAAAUUUAAAGAGGUAAAGAGAGUAAAGCGUAAGAUUGCCCAUAGUUUGCCCAAUCAUGAGAAAAAUAGAGGCAAGACAUGUCCUUGCAACAUAUUUCAUAUUUGGAUGUCAGAAUGCUGCUAGGUGAAACUUUUGUCUUUGUGAGGUGGGCUCCUGCCCGCGUCCUGCUACACAAGCGUGGGUGUCCUGUGUGAACAAAGCGAAAUGCUAAUCAAGAUGUUGUACAAUUCUCACAUCUCACACUUCUUCCUACUUGCUGCACUGCUACUGCGUGUUGCCCUUUCCCUCGAGGAAUUGAUAAGAAGUGCUGUAGAGCUCGUGCAGCGAAUUGGGAGGCUUUGAGCUUCUACAGUGGAUGUGACUGUACGUCUCCAGCUAAGUGUAUAUAUCAGGUGUGUCAGAUUUGGAUGGAGUGAUGUGGAAUUUGUUGCUUAACAUCUAAGGGUGAAAGCUUGAGUUGUCUCUGUCACGUGUGGUUUGACAUUGCUAUCAGCUACGCUCACCGAAGCAGUAUGUUCCAGCACUUUCUAAGCUAUGGCGCUGAUAGUAAAUGCAGUUCUAGCCUACAGGCAGAGUUCGGUUAGAAUGAAUCAGUGAUUUACUUUGAUGAAUGCAGCUUUGAUAUGGUUUGAAAUAUAUUUUAGGUGCUCAAGAUAGUCGAGGGAAAUGAAGUGGUGCUGGCCUCUGAUCCUGGAUCACUUCUUGUGCUUCAAUGUUGUCACUAAACACAGACCCUGGAUGGAGAAACCAGCCCAGGUCCAUGAUAGCCUUACCAUGCCAAGAUGUUUGUAACCAGCACACAGAAAUACCAAUUAGCUCUCGCUCCCCUUUAAAUACACUUUUUGUAGACCUGACUGUUUCUAGUUAUUCUAUCCACCCCCACUGUAAAGUCUCAUGUGAACACUCACAUGUGAUCUCAUAAAACAUGUGCCUUUUGGACAGGAGUGUUUUUUCGUCCCACAUUUAAGUUGGAUAUCAUGUGCCUCAGUUUUUACAUUAGAAAGGAAACUUUAAGUCAAUGAAUGAAAUAUUGUUUGCCAGAAUACACCUUUGUGUAGCAUAUUGACUAUUGGUCUCCUCAAACAUCAGCAUGGGAAUUGAUGCAUAACAUGUUAUAACUGAUCAAUACGAUAGGAAAAGCUAUAAAAAAAGGUGAAGUCGUAAAGGUAGAGGAACUACUCUUGAUUUUUACAGAGAGUAACUUCUGGCAAAUGUAAUGUUCAUGUUGGAAAUUUAAUGGAAGAUCAUUUCUAGCAGAAAAAGAAAAUGGAUGCAAUGUUGGAAUGACAAAAAAUAGAAAUAUUGAUUAUUAUAGGGUACCAGGUUUAAAUUAUGACAAAAGUAAUUCAUGAGUCUUUUUUGUAUCUCAUGCUAUCUUGUAAUUUUGAUUCACGGUCUCAAAAGUAUGAUGUAGUGUCUCAUAAAUCUGACUUUAAGGUACACCUUGACUUUUAAGUUGCAAAAAAUGACUUAAAGUCAAAAUCAUGACUAAUCUCAUGAUUAUGACUUAAAGGGUAACUUUGGUAUUUUUCAUCCUGGACUCUGUUUUUGCAUGUAUUUGUCUCUAAGUGACUCAUGGGAGCAACAUUUUUUGAAAUACUUUACAGUAUUAAGUAAGAACACUGUAGUCAGCAGCAGUGAAACAUGCUGCAGUGUAACCACCCUUGCCUUGUUCUCACUGUCAGUUUACAAAAUUAAAAGUGCUUGUUUUAUGUCACUUACAGGCUCAGAUUGCGUCAUUGUUUCUGACAACAUUAUCCCUACAGAGAUAGAGCUUUUUGAACUUUUUUGUUUUACAUAGACAGACCCAAAUUUGCCAUUGCCAGAUACUUACUGUCAGUGGCAAAAGCAAGCACUUUCAGUGGAUGUAAAUUGGCAGUUUGGGCAAAGGCGAUUUUUUUUUUUUGGCUGUUUCUGGUUAAACCCAAUGAACCUUACUCAUUACAAAAAUGCCUAUCUCUGUAGGGAUCUGUUCAAUAAAUUGUCAGACACAAUAAUAACCUGAACCUGACUGUGGCAAAAACAAGCGCUUGUUGUGGAUGCAAAUUGACUGGUUUGGUGAUGGUGAUUUCUGGGCUUUUUUUGCUUAAACAAAAAGGAUCUUACUCUCUAAUAAAAAGGACUAUCUCUGUAGGGAUCAUUUUUAUACAUUUUCAUAGGAAUAUGGGAAAAUAGGUUCAGGUAAAAAAAAAAAUAACGAAGUUACCCUUUGAUACCUCAUCAUUUUGACUUACCUUGAGUAUUUUUAUUUAUAAUUUCACUUUUUUCCUGACUCAAAAGAGCUUUUAUUUAAUUCCCCAAAAAGAACACAUCGCAUCCAACCUGUCCAAAAAGCACAUUGUUUAAUAGUUGUCUCUUUGGGUUCUGGGGCUGUCAUGGAACCGGUGCAUACAGAGCAGUGUGCAGAGUCAAACUCAGGACAUCACAUGGACAACAGUGUGUGGGGGGUUUAAAGAGGGAUGUUGGAAACAGAAUCAAACUGCCUGAUAUGAGGAUUUUGCUGCUAACUCCAAGGGCUCCCAUUUUGGUUAGUUUAAAAACAGCUGACACAAACUUGGACAGCAGAAUAAUGGCCAGCAUGCUGGUAACACGUCUGUCAAAGAUAUAUGUACUGUAUCAUUCAGUCUGUCAAGAUGAUGACAGGGAUGUUUAUUACAAUCACUCUUGAGUUUAAGUUCUCUGCCACCAUAUUUGUUCUCAGUCUGGUAGUCCUCAGUCUCUGGCACUUUAUUCCAACAUGGGCCACUUAAUAAAUAACUGGGGCUUGAUUACUGGAAUACUGUAAGUUGAGGAUUUGAGUGUGAUACUGCGUGUUGCCAGGACAUGAUAAUCCCUCCGAGAGAAAAUGAAUAACUUGUCUAAUGCUGAUGUGUUGUUUUGGCAAUGCCAGCUGUGGGGUCCAUCACUGAAAGCAACAAUAAAACCAAUGGAUAGCUAUUAAGAGGAGUUCCAGACCUGGUCCUGGUCGCAGUUUAGCUUUAACACUGCAACAAUCUUGUGCUCUGGCUCCAUACCCAAGCGAAGCCGCUCAGAACUAAUACAGGGUAGAUACACCUGGAAGUCUACUUGGACCACCACUGUAGAUCAUGUCCACCUGGCACUAUUUUUGUAACAUUUCAUAAAAACCUCCUUCACAAAUGAAUGUUAUGCUUCAAUACCCCAGAAGUUCUGGGGUAUUGGCAGUCUGUCUGAAUGGGUUAUGGCACAUCAGCUGACCCUUCUCCUGACUUGGGUUGAACACUGGUUGAACAUUGGUGUUUGGAUGUUUCUUACCAAAUCUCUCUUGUUGUAGUCAUCUCCACUUUGUAUGAUGUACACAGGACAUAGAGUAGCCACGUUUCCACCAAACUCUCUCGGUAUAGUACCCUUAGAACUCGUACAUAACCCAUACAUGCAUGUACCUAAACCCUAGAUCUGUUUUGUGUUUCCACAGCAGACAGUACUCUUAAAUGUAGCAGGGUUGUUACCAGAUGGUGAUUGACACAGCUUGAUCACUGCUCCAUCCAGCCACUCCACUUACUGUAUUUUCUCUUUACUAACGAUGCAGAGGAAGGUCUGCACCUCACUGAUUGUGCGCCAGCAUUUUCAGAACGAAAAAGAAUAGGCUGGAGUGCUUAAAGUCUCUGUCGUAAAUAGUGGGUUUGUGCAUUGAGUCCUUGUCGAGCAAGGGUAACAAUUGUCUCUUGACCAGUAAACGGACUACAGUGUUUCUAGCUGCGCUUUUUGGUAUCGGAUCAAUCUGUGAGGUACCUGAGCAGAGAGGUAACAAAAAAAACAUGACGUAAUGGAACGGUCCUUUUGGAACCAUCCACAACUUUUGACAAUGGGAAUGCAAAAAUAACCGUUCUAAUGUAUAACGAACUGAACUGAACUGAACCAGAAUGCUUGGUGGAAACGAGGCUAAUAGUAUUUUACCUCUGGGACCCUUAAUGCCCAAAGUAUUUCCUCCCAAUUUGCUUUUCUACAGCAUCAUCAAGUCCUAAAUAAGCAGAGAGGAAUUUUAGUUAAGGAGGUUCAGAAAAAGCCAGCUCAGACUCCAAUUUCCCUCACAUUGUUUUGUUCAACUCAUAGGGUUUUAGCAAGUCAGAAGCAAUGAACAGUGGUGAUAGUUUCAAUUGUGAAUGAGGUGCAAUAAGUCAUUUUGCUAAGUGUGUCAGGUCAUGUCCAGAUUUGUGCCUUGAUUCUUGUGAGAAUCACCUUCACCUCUUAAGGGAAAACACACUCUAGCUAUCCUGGGUCAUGUUUGAGAUUGACUGCUCUGGGUUCCAAAGGAAGAAAGCUCUGUAUGAUUUUGAAGGAUGUCAUGCUGUUGUUUAUGGAUCUGUGCCAGUUUGAAGUGGGAGGAAGUGGGCGGGCAAUGCAGGCAUUCCUCCAGCAACUACAGAUUGCAGAGGACAGGCCAAGGUACCUUUCCCUGUGUUAAAGAAAGCCUUUGUUUAUCUCCUCCAAAUCCUACACUGUGUGACUCUGCAAUAGAUCACAUAGUAGCAAGAAAAACUACAACUUUUCUGGUUGAACUUUAAGGGACCCUGUUGGCCAACUGUAGUUAAGAUUGUUUCCUCAGUGCAUUUAUUACAGAGAUACAGAAGGUCCAAGGCAUAUUCAGCUUAGUGCAAAUCUUCUGUCUGAACUGAAGAUAUGUUUUCCAAAGCUGCCUUACUGAUGAGGAUAUUUUGAGCUUGCAAGCCAGUUACCAGUCCAUCCAAGAGCCAUCUUGGCUUUAUUAAAAACUCAACUGUGCCCAAACCUGCUUUGAGGACAAAAAAUAAGGACCCAAAGCUAUAUUUCAAUUGCUACUGGUCCUCAGCUUGCCAGGUAGAGUUGCUACAAUGUUGUCAGGAUACCAGUCUUAAACUUAGCUUCAAUACUAGUAUAGAAAAAAAUGAUACUUAUUAGCUCUUUUGAUACCAUGGCAAAAAGAAAGAAGUCUUUAGCACACAAAAUAGGAUUUUUUUUUUUUUUUUUAAUGAACAACUUGCACAAAAUGCUGAUACAGAGAAAGUCACUUUAGACAUACCAACAAGUUUGUAAUAAUGCUAAUAAUUAUGACAAUUGAAAUCUGAUUGUAGAUCUGUUUUUAAGAGCUUAGUGAUACUAUCAAAUAAAUAAUUAAUGGGUAUCAUAUAGUUUUAAACACUUGGUAUGGAAAAAGCAUUGAUACUUUUGACCACCUUAAUUGGGACACUGACUGAGUCUUUUCCCUCUGGCAACUCUGCCUCAGCUUUAUGUCGUUAUCUCCUUCUGCUGUUCUACCAGGGGUCCUUGAAGGAGUACCAGGGAGUUCUUAAAAAAUGAUAAAUAGUUUAUUAUCAUUAUUUAAUUCACAAUAAAAGUGAGCCCAAAUUGAGUAAAAGUCAGGAGAAUGACUAUUCUGAUUGGUUAUCUACUCAACUGUAGUUGACAACUAUAGAGUAUUUUCAGAUGGAGGUCCCUGAAGGAAACUCUUAACAAAUGGAGGUCCGUGACUUAUGUGUAUCAAUUUCAAGAAGGUCAAGGACCACUGAUCUAAAGAAUAUAACCAAUCAAAUUUUAACAAAUGGCAGUAGUACAGUACAAUCCGAUUCAACACUGAAAUUACCUAAGAGCACAUUUUAGUGAAACUGUAUCAUUAAAUUGUAAAGAUAUGAUUGUUCCACCCUGUAAAGGUACAUUUCCUAACCAUGCUAGGAGGCACAGGGUUCUCUGUUGAAUUUCAAAACCUUAACAGUGAGCUUGAAAAAACAGUGGUGUAGUGGGGGGGUUUACCCACCAUGUUUUCUGGCCCUUUACAGUAUACUCAUCCAUCAGCCAAAGACCCAUUGGAAUACAUAGUAUAUCCAUUUCCUCCUUAGUAACCUACCCAUUUGCCCAGUAGUACACACAUCUCAUCAACUACCACUACACCACUGUCAAGGAACAUCUGUUGUUCUGGUUAUACUUAAGGCGCACUCAACACUGUAUGGACCUUUGAAACUGAGGUAUCUCGGCAAGAGGUUUUUAUGUUUCAUUUGCCCAUGCCAAAAAUCAUGCCACCAGCACAAAUAGGUUCCAAUCAACGAUUUUGAUUUUGGAUGUGUACACAUGUAAUUCUGAGGAUUGGCCAGCAGAUGUCACCAAAGCUUUGCUGUUGUUACACUCAUUGAUUUGAUGUAGUUAAGCCUAAUGAUGGCAGAAACAGACUGACAAAAUUAAGUACUGAAGUUUCAAGAGAGAAUGUGACUUUGGUUACCUGCAAGUAUGUUAAAUCUCAAACAUGACCUUUUCUGUCUGGAUGGGUCUGGGUGGGCAGAUAAGAGAGAGCAACCUGAUUCCUGUGUUCACAGAGAGGUGAAUUAACAUAGGUUCUACCAAAUGGAUACUUAUGACAAGUCAUCUAAGAAAGGUCUGAUCUCAUUGAGGAGGUUUGUAGGUAACAACACAGAUGAGGUGAAAGCAACAUAAAGUGUGCAUUGGUCGGGUGGUUGUGUUUUUAGGGAAAAACAGAUGAAAAUCUAUUUUUAUUAUUUUUUACUUUGUACAAGCACCAUGAUGUAAUUACCUCAAUCAAAACCUAUUUUACUGUCUAAAGUUCUAUUGUUGUAAAAUACAAUUAUUUUAUGUAGUGUAAAAUCUUACAGUUUUAUAAAAAGGAAAGUAAUGUUGGUUCAGAAAUUGUUGGUAUAAAUUGUGGAUUUCUGCUCCAUUGGUUAAAUUUUGUUUGUUUUAUUUUUGAGGGCAUUUCUUUGGUUUGUACUUGCUAACCCAGGAUGAAUAGACAGAAGCUUCUGGAUACUGUUCACUCGUCACAAACCUUGACAUCUCCCUCUCAGUUCUCUGAUGGAUCUUUAGCUUUUCAAUUCACUAUGGCUCUUUGUUGAUGAAGCUGAGAAGUACUCUGUCAUUGUUCAUUUCAAAUGUAAUCUUUCAUUAUAGUACGGGGUUGUAGUUUGAGGGGUUUUGUGUCAUAAUAUAGCCUGCUUUUUAAUAAAUACACAUGAAAUGUGUUUCAGGAUCUUUUUGUCAUCAACAAGGGAAAGUGAAAUCAGAAUACAUUUCAAAUGUAUUUCUUUUAAUCAUGUUAUAUCCUCUCCACGGUUUGUUGGAUGGGUCCUGUUAUGUAAAUAUUACUGAUUAAAUUAAUUUAAGGAUUUCUGA